CUCCUGACUAGGAAUCUUUUUCUGCACGGCUGUACGCUGGAUCAAUACAUGGAAUCUACGAAGCAUUCCUUGUCUUUCCAUUAUAAUGUCGCCAUCGCGUUUGUUCGUUAUUUAUACCCACCCGUUCCGACGUGAUCUUCGAUCACGAUGACUUCUCAUCCAAAACCCUAACGAGUCAAUUCUCGCUGCCGCCUUCGUCUGGUCUCAUAUCAGAGGCUCGUCUGGAUCCGGUCAGAGAUGGCCAUUGCUGAGAUCAUCGUGUCCAGUGAAAUUAGGUCUAAUGGUUCAUUGGGAUUCUUUUUUUGGGUCGGUUGGUUCAUUGGGAUUCAAGUGGGGCUUUCCUUUAGUUGAGUGGAGGUUGAGUCAUCGACAAUCAGACACAGGAAGAUCCCAACUUUAGUGAUACGACCGCGUUUUUUUAGCAUCAAUUUGUUGCUAAGUGCAUCAAGCACAAGCACAUGGUGGAAGAGGACUUUAGGUAUGACUCGGAGAUUUAUCUACCACCUGUUGGGGUACCUCUCUCUUUGAGACAAACUAUCUAUGUUGAGGGUGUCGAAACUUUUUGCAUUUGUUGGGUUGUGAUAUAUUUUUACAUGGGAAGAUCGAGAUGAAAUUUUAGCGAAGAUGGUUGAUGGAGUCUGGAGAAACAUGUGAGGGGGAUAAACCAGACAUCGUUCUAUUGUGCAAGGCUGCUAGUGAGUUUAUUUGGGAUAUUGCAGUGGAGAAAAAAUUCAUAACCCUGGUGUGGAAGAACAAUCUAUGGUUUAAUAUGGAAUAUGAAAACGGUAUCUCUUAGAUUUUGUGUAUUUUAACUGGUAAUGGCCUUUGCUGGCGUCAUGUUUACGGAGGUAUCUGAUUUAAUUGGAGCCUUCGCUGUGCCGUCACAAAUUCUUUCCACUUUGAUCACAUUUCCCUGUUCUCGACUUAUGUGUUCAGUGAAUAACUGGUCAUAAGAUGGGCGUGCUUGUGUUUGUCCUCUUUCCAAGUACAUGGUUUUAUGAGUAAAUGAUCUAUGGGAUUAAAAGGGUGCCAAAAUUUAUAGCAACUUAUACAGUGAAUUGCAGUUGAUUGUCUUCAAUUGCAUCCAGUCAUUGUCACCUUCUUGUAUGAAGUUCUUUAAAAUCUUCCCUGUGCUUCAAGUAAUGAAGGUUUGAUUAACAAAAGCAGAUGGAGGACGUGGCAGAUUCUGUCAAGGGAAAAGCUAAUGAAGUGGAAAUUGAGAUUUCAUCUGUUUCUGGAGCUAUUCAUGACCAUCCAACUCCUCCGCGACCUUGUGAUCUUGUCUGUGCAUUUUCCAAUCUAGAAAAUGAUGAAGAAGCAUCUAAUCGCCGAUCAAAGUCAUUGACAAAACUUUGUGGACUAAUGAUUGUAUACAUGAUAGUUAUGUUCGUCGAGGUCGUCGGUGGCAUCAAAGCCAACAGUCUUGCAGUUCUCGCCGAUGCAGGUCACCUGCUCACUGAUAUCGUCGGGUUAUCAGUCUCUCUUUUUGCAGUGUGGGCAUCUAGUUGGAAGGCAACAUCACAGUAUUCUUUUGCAUUUAACCGCCUAGAAGUUUUGGGUGCACUUCUUUCAGUGCAACUUAUCUGGCUGGUUUCUGGUCUCCUACUAUACGAAGCAGUUGACAGAAUUCGUCACGAAUCUGAGAUGGUGAAUGGAAAGCUCAUGUUCUAUAUUGCAGCAUUUGGAUUUAUAGUAAACUUUAUCAUGGUCACGUGGCUUGGACAUGAUCAUUCGCAUCAUGGAUGUGAUCAUGCUGAUCAUCAUCAUCACCAUCAUCAUCAUCAUCAUCAUCGACAUGAUGAUGAGGGCGAGGAAGAGGAAUUGCGUGCAUUAGCUGCUAAAGAGGACCACGAAACAAAUCUUUCAGUCUCCACUCCCUCAGCAAAGGCCAAGAUUCUGAAUAUAAACCUUCAGGGGGCCUACUUGCAUGUCAUGGCUGACCUCAUUCAAUCGGUCGGGGUGAUGAUUGCAGGAGCCAUCAUAUGGGUGGCACCACAAUGGAAAGUGUUGGAUUUGAUGUCCACUCUAAUUUUCUCUGUUCUUGUUCUUUGCACUACUCUGUCCUUGCUUAAGAAUGUAUUUUGUGUUUUAAUGGAGGGAACACCCAGGGGAAUUGAUGUCGAGAGUCUCGAGGAUGGUUUGAAGCGCAUAGAAGGAGUUCACGACGUUCAUGACCUACAUGUAUGGGCGAUAACACCUGACAAGAUUGCCUUGUCUUGCCAUGUUGUGGCCGAGUCCGGGGUUAGCUCUGGCAAGAUGGUUCAGAGCAUCAGGGUGUAUUGUGAAAGAACUUACAGUAUUCAUCAUGUCACUGUACAGGUGGAAUAGUUUUGCCACAUCUCUCUCCCCUAGAUGUCAUGCGAUCUUCUGCGAA